AUGCGUGCCACAACUCUACUAGGCGAGAACCUCGUCUCCCAGUACAUAUGCCCGUCAUGUAGCUGGCGGAUAGUCGGCUUCAAUGGCGGCCGUGGAUCCAGCAUCCGCCGUUCUCAGGUCUCGCGGAAUCAGCUACAGGCUAUCCAUACCUCCUCUCGCCCUUCUCUUCGAAAACUACGCCCCUCCAGCACACACAAAUGGAAGUUUAUAGCCACCCGGUUCGUGCACUCCGCUGUGCAGUCGAAAGAGCCCCAGGAUAGCCCAUUUGACACUGAUCAAACACUAUUGCCGCUGGAGAAUGAUAAACUCGCCUGGGAGGUCAAGACUCCUGGGUCCAAGAAAGAGGAUUCAGCUCAGGCCGCCAUUCGAAGACGGGAAGAAUAUAUUCAUGCCGCUCUCUUAGAAGGACAACCGGACAAAGUAAUGGCUAUAUUCCUUGAUCCGGGAAAUUACGAUUACGUUAUGCGUCAAUUGCCUGCUACCACUUUCAUAGAGGCUCUCCGGCUGUUAUCUCCAGCAUAUUUUGUUGAGCCAUGGAGGAAAAUCCAACGGAGCUUCCAUACUUCUGCCGCCCAUUAUGCCAAGGUUGAACCGCUCGCACAAAUCUUUGAUAGGUUUGCGAAAAACCUAGGAACCAUUGUUGAAGCGCGGCGUCGCGCCGGACAUACGCUAGGGCUUGCAGAGUAUACCCAUUUGCUGAAUUGUGCUCGUUCUAUGGGAGAUGAAGCCAUGGCAAAUACUCUAUGGGAGGAAAUGAUUGCCGAUGGAGUCACACCAGAUGUACUGUGUUAUAACUACUACAUGGAGGCUAAAGUCUGGAAUAUGGCCUUCAUUCCCAAGGAGAACCAUUCAUUGAGAUCAACACCUUGGAUCUACAGGAAAAGACGAUUUAAAACCAGUAAUCCGAAUUAUAGAGGAUACAAAACGGGAAAGGAUGGCGUGCGUGAUGAAGUGCAUAGCUUGUUUAAAGACAUGGUCGUGGAUGGUCUGGAUGCUAAUGAGUCCACAUUCAUUCAGCUGAUGAUAGCAUCGGGUCGUGAAUGGGACAUUGCAGCUGUCAAGGAUACUCUGAAAACUGUCUGGAAUAUUGAUGCGAACCGUUUGCAAAAAGGCGACGAUGACCUCCCCCCAGUAACGUUUUAUCACCCAUCUUCUCCCCUACACCCUACCGAAGAACUUUUACUUGCCGUGGCCCAUAUAUUCUGUACGAACAAUGAUAUCCCUACUGCGCUACAGUUGGUUGACUUCAUCUCCGUCAAUUACAACGUCCCUAUACCACAACGUACCUGGAUGGAACUGUUUGUGUGGUCCUAUAUUCUUUCUACCAACAGAUAUGGACAAAAUGUGGCAGAGAACAUGAUCGGCCACAUCCCCAAGGACUCUGUGAUUGGAAUUUUCAAGACAAUGACUUCAGAACCAUACAACAUGAAGCCCACGCUACAGGUGUACGAUGUUCUUGCAAAGUUAAAUUGGGGUCGCCAAGCGAUAGACCCUACCGAGGACUUCAUGCGUGAUGGCCGAAAAAUGUUCCAAACGACCCUCUCCAAGCGGCGAGUAUUGGCGAAACAGCUCAUUCAGGCCUGGAAGGAUCUAGAGCUUGGAGACAACAAUGUUUCUAGUGAGAACAUUUCUUGCCCAGCACAGACUACAGCGCGCGGCGUACGCCGUGUCAACCCUCUGUCUCUUACACCUCCCCCCACCGCACCAAAGUCUUAUUGGGAUUUAUACCAUCGAUUCCAGGUCGUUCAUAUGGCCACAUGCCGAGAACUUGAUUAUCUUCAGACCUGGGCUUUAUUCAUGCUUCUUCGAAGGCGUUGGACCGGCACCAAGUAUGAAUGGGAGCGACGCGGGCUUCCGGAUACUGUGAAGGAAUGGAAAACAUUCCUACCACACGUUGUGCGCUAUCAUAUUACAAAUGGAAUGGUCGAGUUCGACCCAGCCCAGUUUUGGGGAGACGACAGGCCAGUUCGAGCAACUCUUCAUCGUUGA